UUUCCGCUUCCGGUUGCACCCGGUUGAACGUUCCAGUUGCGAGGUGAUCGGAAAGUUCGUGGCUCAUCGAACAAAUUGCCUAGUUGGAAAAAUUUACUAUUUUGAUUGCUUUUAUUUUUAAAGUACAGUUCUCAAGUUCGACCAUCGUUCCCAAGCGACCGCUCAGGUUUAGUCGGUUUUGAGCCCUCAGCAUGUCUCUGCCCAGGCGGGAGGUGGAGGAGCUUCGGCCGUGCGUGGAGCGCGCGGUCAACAAGGUGCUGGGCUUCCCGGAGCCCACCGUCGUCAAGGCCGCUCUGCACUGCGUGGGCAAGGGCCUCGACAAGAGGAAGACCACAGACCAGCUCCGGCCUUUCCUGGACGACUCAGCCGGGGGCUUUGUGGAGAGGCUGUUUGAGGCGCUGGAGGAGGGCCGUAGUUCUCGAGGAAGCAAGGCUGGGGGAGAGAGACAGCGCAAGCGAGACCUGAAGGAUGUGUUUGGAGAUGACACCGAGGCCGGUCGAGAGCCUCCUGCUGGUGUGGGGGGGGAAGCGAAGAGGAAGCGGGUGCCCCGCUUCGAGGAGGUGGAGGAGCCCGAGGUGCUGCCGGGGCCCCCGGCAGAGAGCCCGGGCAUGCUCACUAAGAUGCAGAUUAAACAGAUGAUGGAGACGGCGGCCAAACAAAUCGCAGAGAGGAAGAAGCAGCUGAGCUUUGUGGCUCCAGCCCCUCCGCCCCAGCCGGAGUCCCCCGCCUCUCGGCUCCUCUCCGCCUCUCUGUCCGACUCCCUCUCCACGGCGGUCCCGCCCCUCGGGUCCCAGUCCAUCGCCCCCAACCAGGCGGCCUCCUUCAUGAACGACGCCAUCGAGAAGGCCCGCAAGGCCGCCGAGCUGCAGGUCCGCAUCCAAUCCGAGCUGGCCCUGAAGCCGGGCAUCCUGGGAGCGCUGGGCGCGGGCUCGCACAACCUGGUCGCCCUCGCCAACCUGCACGCCAUGGGCAUCGCUCCCCUGAAAGCAGAAGCUCGGGAGGUGUCAAAGCCGACCCCCCUGAUCUUGGAUGAACUCGGGCGCACUGUAGACGCCAGCGGCAAGGAGGUGGAGCUCACACACCGCAUGCCCACUCUGAAAGCCAACAUCCGGGCGGUGAAGCGCGAGCAGUUCCGCCAGCAGCUGAAGGAGCGGCCGGGGGAGGACCUGGAGUCCACCUCCUACUUCGACCAGCGCGUCAACAUAGCGCCCGCCCAGCGGCCCCGCAAGGGCUUCAAGUUCCACGAGCAGGGCCGCUUCGAGAAGAUCGCCCAGCGCAUCCGCACCAAGGCUCAGCUGGAGAAGCUGCAGAUGGAGAUUGCCCAGGCGGCGAAGAAGACUGGUAUCCAAGCCUCCACAAAGUUGGCCCUGAUCGCCCCGACGAAGGAACUGGGCGAGAGAGAUGUGCCUUCCAUCGAGUGGUGGGACUCCUACAUCCUGCCCUCUAACAUCGAAGUAACUCCUGCAACCACAUUUGAGCAGUUUGAGUUGCACGGGGUCACAAACCUGGUGGAACACCCUGCCCAGAUAAGCCCUCCAGUGGACACGGACAAGCCGGUGACGUUGGGCGUGUACCUCACCAAGAAGGAGCAGAAGAAACUGCGGCGGCAGACGCGCAGGGAGAGGCAGAAGGAGCUGCAGGAGAAAGUGCGCCUGGGCCUCAUGCCUCCCCCCGAGCCCAAAGUGCGCAUCUCCAAUCUGAUGCGGGUUUUGGGCACGGAGGCGGUGCAAGACCCCACCAAGGUGGAGGCCCAUGUCAGGGCACAGAUGGCCAAGAGGCAGAAGGCCCACGAGGAGGCCAACGCCGCGCGCAAGCUGACCACCGAGCAGCGCAAGGAGAAGAAGGUGAAGAAGCUGAAGGAGGACCUGAGCCACGGCAUUCACGUGGCCGUGUACAGGAUCCGGAACCUGACGAGCCCAUCCAAGAAGUUCAAGGUGGAGGCGAACGCGGGUCAGCUGUACCUGACGGGCACCGUGGUCCUCCACAGAGACGCCAACAUCGUGGUGGUGGAGGGAGGUCCCAAAUCUCAGAAGAAGUUUAAGAAGUUGAUGCUCAGCAGAAUCAAGUGGGACGAACGUACCAGCUCCAAAAGAGAUGACCCUGACGGUUCAGACGAUGAAGGACUGAAAAAGAACAAGUGCAGUCUCGUCUGGGAGGGCACGACAAAGGAGCGCAACUUUGGGGAGGUGAAGUUCAAGCAGUGUCCCACGCAGAACAUGGCCAGGGAGCACUUCAAAAAGCACGGCACGGAACACUACUGGGACCUGGCCCUCAGCCAGAGCGUGCUGGAGUCCGCCGACGACUGAGGGGCCCCGGCCGGGCUGAACCGCAGCAGUGUACAGCGCCAUUUUGACUGACCCGAGAGAGACAGAGGGAGUGUGGGUGUGCGUGCGUGCGAAGCCCAAACUUUUAUGGGCUGUGCUUAUGUGGGUCAUGGUGUGUAUGAUUGAUGUGCUUGAGUGGACUGGAAUCCAGCGUUCUCUUCAGGGGCAAGGAGAAGCUGGAGGUAGACACAUUGAGUUGCGGGUUAAAUGUGUGUCUCCCGAAUAUGUGAAAUAGUGAUAUGAUGCGUUUGUAAUGAUGGUGAAUGAGCAUACAGUGUUCCCUGUGUGCGUACUGUCUGAUGGGACUGUCCUCCUGCCUAUGCUCGUGUUGCACUGCCUGCUGUCACCGGUUGUACCAAACUAAACUGGCUGUAAUGCCUUGGUGUAGCCACGUGGUGGUGCCAUAUCCUUGUAAUGCUGUUGCUUUAGGCAAAAGGUCUGUUAGUGUUAUGUAUCUAAAUUUUUGCUUUUUGCCUCAUUGUACUUAAGGAAAAUUGAAUCCAACUCCAUACUGUAUUGUUCUGUCAAGAGAAUAUCAGCAUUAUACAGAAUACAUACAAGCUCACAUUUCUCUAGCUGUCCCUGCUGGGUCUUAAAUGAUUGGCUAUUAGUUUAAGUCAUGUGUAAACAUUAGUCGUAUGAACACUUACCAAAUUUAAAAGUGUACUUUAUCAGUGUACCAAAUAAACCAUUUCAUUUAGAAGUGAGUUGUUAAAUAGGGAAUGUUCUUUUUUUUUCUUUUUUAAAUCGUCUUUGUUUUAAUGUCCCUGUUUGGCAUUAGACUUCCUGACACACUGGUAAUCACUGUAAAUGUGUACAUAUCGGGAGUGGACACAUGUACAGAAACAUUUGAAAGACUUUAAAUUGAAUUUGUUUGCCUGUUUCUUUCCCAGAUAUUGUGAGCUGACACAGGACAAUAAAAUCAAACUUUUUAAAGGCUUUUAA